UCUUUGCUUCUCUACAUUUUCUCUCCUCUCUCUCUCUCUCUCUCUCUCUCCCUCACCUUGUUGCUCUCUUACUCUCUUUCUGAUCAUAAUGAAGGAAAUUGUGGGAAACCCUCUUCAUCUAAAAUCUUUGAACCACAUCUCACUCAUCUGCAGAUCAGUUGAAGAGUCCAUUGAUUUCUACCAAAAUGUUCUCGGGUUUGUCCCGAUCAGAAGGCCUGGAUCCUUUGAUUUUGAUGGGGCAUGGUUAUUCGGGUUUGGAAUCGGAAUCCAUCUUUUGCAAUCUGAGGAGCCGGAAAAGAUACCAAAGAAAACUGAGAUCAAUCCCAAAGAUAAUCACAUUUCUUUUCAGUGUGAGAGCAUGGGAGCGGUGGAAAAGAAGCUGAAGGAAAUGGAGAUGAACUAUAAACGGGCAAUGGUCGAGGAAGGUGGUAUCCACGUCAAUCAGUUGUUUUUCCAUGACCCGGACGGCUUCAUGAUCGAAAUAUGUGACUGUGACAACCUCCCGGUGAUUCCUCUCGCCGGAGAGAUGGCUCGCUCGUGUUCUCUUGUAAACCUGCCGAUGUUGCAGCAUCAACAGCAGAUACGAGUCACCCAACAGUAGUCGGAUUUUGAUCGAGUGCGGAUCGAUGCACCAGCAGUUCCUGCUGCUUCUACUCGAUCUCCGGGUACGGUGAAGCACUGAAGCCCCAUUUGUUAUGUGUGAUAUAUAUAGUAAUUGUGUUUAUGAGGUUUUUGUAAUAAAAUGUAGCACCAUUAGUUCGAGUGCACAGUCGUAAGAGGAGGGAUCACAUUUUUCUGGGGUUAAUUACUCGCAUGAUAUGGCAAAAUGGCAAAUUGUCGCCCAUUGAUGUUUAAUUAACAGAGAGCGAAAUGUGGUUUCUUUUCGUUGUUUAUAUGUGGCCUUAUUAUAGUGUGUGGAAUCUUUUGUGCUGGCUUGCAUUUUGGCAUUGGAA